AUGGACCCGGCAAGCUAUAAAAGGGUGUGGGAGUACAUUAGAAAAGGCCGCAAGGGAGGUGGCGCCUAUUUCAAGGACGAAGUAAGAAAAGUUCAUUACGUCCUUGUACUAAAUAUGACCUCGGCGUAUACAAACUUUGCCGUUAUCAGUGAGUACAUAAGGAACCUGGAAGAUAAGGGAUUGGAAUUUGAGCAGGAUCUGGGAAUUGUAAUUGAUUUUAAUAUUAGUGAUGAUCUCUUUGAAUUUGAACUGAAAACAAAUCUCAUUCCUGUGAUGUUUGUGAAGAUCCACAUAGCGCAUAAAACCUCCCAAGCGUAUUUCAAUAUGUACCGAAUGAUUCCGGAGUUCCACGAAGAUUUUGAAGCCAGCGAACUGUCGUACAUAAAAAUAAAAAUAAUCGAGUUGCUGCUAAAACAAACACAAUUCGGCGUAGGUGAGGACAAAAAGGGAAUACAGAAGUUGGUGUCACUUGGAGUGGUGCAAGAUUACUAUGCUCUUCACACAGGAACCAUUCAGUACGAGUAUUGGCACAAUGAUGCUCUACUGAAUGAUAGAACCCUUCUAGCAAAAUACUGGGCCAGCUAUCGCGUUUGGCACAAAGAGCAACCCUUGGAUUUGAUACACAAAUACUUUGGAACAGAGGUGGCUUUCCAUUUCGCUUGGACCGCCCAUUACAACCUAAUGAUAAUGCCGGCAGCUCUUUUGGGAGUUUUUACGACCAUUUACGGCAUUAUUAGAUUGCAGCUAAGACACUCCAAACAUUUGGGACAAGUUUGUACGUCUGACACGGUAGUCUGUGGGAAUUGUUUUGAAAACGAGGGUUGCGAAAUGAGACCACUCAAAGAGUAUUGCAGUGAGCAUACUAUCAUAACCUAUUUGGAAAAUGAAUUUUCACCUCUUUUUGCCAUAUUGGUAAGCGUAUGGGGUUUUGUUAUUGUGCACAUGUGGAAGCGCAAGGAAUACAUCCUAAGAACUCGUUGGAAUCUGCAUAAGCCCGAACCAAUGGAAACUAUUGAAAGUUAUGAUCUUGAUGACUUUCAAGGUGAUUUUCGAAAAAAUUUUCGUCAUCUUUUGGCCGCAAGUAUUUCUAAAGUAUCGAACGAACCCGUUAAAAUCUUCGUUGAUCAUUUCAGUAAAACCAUAAAACUUAUCAAGUUUUACAUGUACGAGCAGCUAAAAAAAUAUCCAAUGGCCCAGUACGAGGACGAGUACAGCAAAAAAAUCGCAAAGUCAAGUCUAAUUGAUCAAAAGUACUCGGAGAAAGUAAUUCAGUUUGGAAUGCUAAUUGGUUUCGUGUAUAGUUUUCCUUUGGCGCCAAUGUGCGCCCUUAUUCACAACAUUUUGUCCCUGCGCAGGGAAGCCAUAGACCUGGUCUACAACACGCGUCGACCGGUGUCGACGCAGAAAAUCUACAGCACAAAACCAUGGUUAAGUAUCAUGGACGCCAUGGUUCUCUUUACUUCCAUUUUAAACGUAAAGUUAUCGACGAUAUACGCUAAAGAAGUAUCGCUAGUAGCGCCACCACUCGGCUGUUAUCAUCGUAACAAAAGUACAAAUUUAAAUUUGUUAUCGAAAAAUCAACUGAUUAACUUAUAUUACGCUCAAAUUGAGUCCCGUCUCAGAUAUGGUGUAUGUUUUUGGGGAAUGUCCACUCUGGCACAGGAUAUCUUCAUCGCCCAGAAAAAAGCUCUACGGUUUAAUAAAAAGUGUAAAAGAAGUAGAGAGUUCGAGUGCGUAAAUAACCCAGACAAUCUGGGCGACGUUAGUGAUGAGCACGGAGAACGUUUUCACCAGCAAAUGAAGGCAAUGGAGCGGCGGUAUCACGGCUUCUGGAAUGCAGCCAUGAUUUGGUCCCUUAUACGAGAAACGGAAUACGAAAACAACAAACAAGGAGCAGUUUUGUGUUAUCUGCUGAAUUUUUUCCUUGCAACUUAUAACACAAAUAACGUGCGCGAUUUAGCUGUGGAAUUGAACAAAAUUUGUCGAUUGGCUGUAAUCAUAUUUUGUGGUGAAAUAGUCGAUAGAUCGGUUGUUAAAUUUAAUGAGUUCCUAUUUAAUGAAAAUGUCACCUAUAAAGAUGCCCUUUUUUCCGAGUUCCAGCCGUUUGGAGUGUUCGGUAAAGCACCUAAUCAAGAAAAUACAAAAAACCUAUGCAUUUACAGAGGCAUAUAUUAUGGCCCACAUCAUCCCGAAAAAUAUGAGCAUCGACAGGAGCAAUAUCAAUAUCUUAUGGUGAAAUGCCUCGCUUUUAUGAUUAUUGAGGUUAGAAUUCUAAAAAUAAGACACAACUAA